UGGCUGCCGGCCGCUCUCUCAUCACUCGCGAAAUCAGCUUCGCCGCCGCAGCGCGAACUCUUGUUGUCCCGUGUGGUCCCGUUUCAGUGAACUCCGCCGCUGUCCGCCCGCGAGUGCGCUUAGUGACGUUCUUUGAAGUGACCACCUCUUCUGUUUUGGAUUAACUUGAAACACAGAUGCGCUCGUGAUGGGAUCGAUUCCAGACUUAUCUAUUCUCAAGGGUGCUAGCCGCCGGGUUCCAGAGCGCGUGGUCCUCCACCGUCUGUUCGAGAGGAACGCGCACCACCCUGCAACCGCCGACAACACAGCACUUAUAUUCCAAAAUGAGUCAAACCAGAGCCUGCAACUGAAAUACUGGGAGUUGGACGAGGCAGCGAACCGUCUUGCCCGAGGGAUCCUGCGCGUCGUGCAGGAGAAGGGCGGGCGCUUCAACCGCGACGGCGACAACAUCGUGGCCGUGAGCAUCCCCCCUAGCGACACCCUGGUCGUCACCCUGCUGGCCGUCUGGAAGGCCGGCGCCGCAUACCUCCCGCUUGACGUCCAAGCCCCUGCCAACCGGGUCCGCCAUAUCCUCGACGAAGCCAAGCCUCUCCUCGUCAUCAGCCACCGAGAUGACUGUGCUGAAAACGAACUUUUCGAGAAUAUCAAUGUAGUGAGCACUGGUUUCCUCGAAAAAGAAGCUGCAAAAUACUCAUCGAAAAUCCUCCAGGAAAAUGAAAUGUUCAGGACAGCUAAUGAGCCCUCCAUGGCCAUUGUUUUAUACACGUCGGGCAGCACAGGAAUUCCGAAAGGAGUCCGAAUCUCCCACCGCGCCGUGUUCAACCGGUUACAGUGGCAAUGGAACACCUUCCCUUACGCCGAGAGCGAGCGGGUGUGCGCCUUCAAGACCGCCCUGACCUUCGUCGACUCCGUCAGUGAGAUCUGGGCGCCGCUCCUCUCGGAGACCCCCAAGUCCAUCCUCGUCGUCCCAAAGGAGGUGACCAAGGACCCCGAACGCCUCAUCGCCGAGCUGGAGCGACACAGGAUCGAAAGACUCGUCCUGGUGCCAUCCCUCCUCCGCGCCAUCCUCCUCUACCUCGAGCUCGACAAGAACAACGCCCGAAGGGACGACCAGCUCCUCAAACACCUCAAGCUCUGGGUCUGUAGUGGGGAGCCCUUAGUGCCCAGCUUGGUGAAACACUUCUUCAACCACUUCGAAGGCACCGAACACGUCAUCUGCAACUUCUACGGAAGCACUGAGGUCAUGGGUGACGUGACCUUCGAGAAGAUGAGCGCCUUCAAGGGGGAUUUAGUUCCUAUCGGUCUGCCGGUGGACAACAGCGUGGUCUAUCUGCUGGACAAGAAACUCAACCCGGUGCCCUCCGGACAGAUCGGCGAGAUCUACUGCUCCGGACUCAAUCUAGCGUCAGGCUACGUCAACAACCGUGACGCGGACCGCUUUAUCGCCAAUCCUCACACGGUGGAGCCUCAGUACGCUCUUCUCUACAAGACCGGUGACUACGGCAAGAUCGUUGACGGCACCUUGGUCUACGAGGGCCGAACAGAUAGUCAGGUCAAGGUCCGGGGUCAUCGGGUCGACAUGAGCGAGAUCGAGAACUCCCUGCACAAGAUCAACGGCGUCGACAAGGUGGCCGUCCUCUGCUACAAGCCGGGAGAAGUCGACCAGGCCAUCCUCGCCUUCGUCACCCUCCAAGACCCGAGCUGGACCGCCGGCACCAUCGAGGAGGAGCUGAGCAAGACCCUGCCUCCCUACUCCCUGCCCACCAUCCGGGUCCUGGACAAAAUCCCCCUCCUCAACAACGGGAAGACCGACCGGCAGUUCCUGCUCAAGGCCUACGGGGAGGAGGUCAGCGAGAAGGGGGGCAAGCGGGCGCCCGUAGACUUGACCGGUGUUCCUGAAAACAAGCGCAAGGCCGCCCAGUGUCUCUUCGAAACCGUGGCCUCCAUCCUAGGUGGCAGCCUCAAGUGCCCCAUCAACAAGGACGUUGGGUUCUUCGAACUCGGAGGCAACUCUUUAAACUCCAUCUACACCAUCACGAAACUCCGAGACCAAGGCUUCGUUAUCGGUAUAACGGAAUUCCUAUCCUCCAAGACUUUGGGCGACAUCCUGGACAAGAUCCGCACGGAAGACGAGGACUCCAACAUCCUCGCUGACGAGAACAACAACAAGGGUAAAACCAAGUACGAAGCGGAGAUCCUGGACGACAAGCACCGGGAGGCCGUCACGGAGAUCAUCGCCGAUAGUUUCUGCGAGAAGGGCGAUCUCGAGCAGUGCAUCCAGCCGAGGAUCGAACGGGACGCUUACAUUGAGCUCCUGGACGUCCUGUGGGUCCACCUGGUGGAGAAAGGUCUCAGCUUCGCCGUCAAGUCCGCGGAGACGGGCGAGUACGUCGGGGCGUCGUUGAGCUUCGACGUGCACGAUGAACCUCCGGUCGAGAUCACCAGCCGGCUGAACAUCAUCUUCGAGUUCCUAGAGUUCCUGGAGGGCCCCAUCCGGGAAACCAAGCUCCCGCAGGGCAAGGGGAAGAUCCUACACGGCUUCAUGAUGGGGACCCACAAGAAGCUGGACGCCAAGGAGAACAUCGAGGUCAUCCAGUUCAUGGAGGAGGAAGAGGUUCGGCUCGCCAGGCGGCGCGGUUUCGAGAGCAUCUUCACCAGCAACUCCAGCCCGCUCACCCAGCAGCUCGGCUCGGAUGUCUUCGACUAUGAAGUCCUGCUCGACUACCAGGUGAAUAAGUUUGUAGCGGAGGACGGCUCGAAGCCCUUCGGGUCGGCCCCUGACACGCAGACGGUUUCUUGUUCCUUAAAGAGAGUUUAGCUUUUCGGCUCUUCUUCGAUUUUAUUCUCGGGCCUAAAUGAUCGAGGUGCGGUUGACGUGCAGAAAGAAAUUAGUGAUUCAAAGGGAGCCAUUUGAUUUUGGUAGAUUUUACCAAUAUUCAUAGUUGCAGCGCAAGUGCGACUAUAACAGGCUAUGGUUACAUAGAAUUAAUGGUACUCCAUCAUAAUCCUUAUUUUCUUUUGGAUAUGAUUUUAUAAGCUUUCCUCUGUGCGGUGCGGAAAGUAAGCCACACGCUGUUGCUGGCAAUGUCUACAUGGCAAGAUAAACUGUGGUUUGACAAGCAGUAAAUUUGACAACUGAAGCAGUGAUUUAGCUUGUGUUUAAAGGCCCCUCCCUUCUGGAGGUGUUAAAUGGCAUCCCUAAAACAUGACAAAUGAGGAGUCUCUCUAAGUACUCGUCCCUAGUUUUCUAAGUGCAUUGUAAAAUUAUUUUAAUUGAGCAUUUCUAAAAGAGCCCCCUUAUUUUUCAUCAAAUUUCAUGGUUUAGUGCACGUUUUUCCAUUCUGGUUUUAACCUUUUAGGUUAAGCAACUUACCUUUUUUGAACGAAGCACACUCACGAUGUGUGCAAAACGAAAAUCAUCAAUUUAUUGAACUUUGUAUGUCAUUUUGUGAGAAUGAGGUUUAAUUUUGGUCAUGGUGAGCCAUCGUUGGAUUCAUGAGGUAUAUCUCGUUGUCUAACGAGUGGUUCAAGUACCAACUAAAAAUUUCAUUAUUUUACCGAAAA